AUGAAAGCCGAGAUCAUUGUCGCAAUCGUAAGCUUGGUAGUUGCCCUUCCGCCGACGCUCUACGCUCUACAUGCAUGGUACCGAAGACGCUCUCAAACUCCAUCGAGGUAUCACACUGGCACUAAGGGUCGAAGACGGUCUGCCAACUACCUCGCGAGAACCGACUCUCAGAGUAUUAGACCCUGGAAUGGCAUUGAGCUGCUGAAAUGA